ACGUCACGGGGAAGUAGUUGGCUGUGGUAAUUCUAUCUCCUUUCCAGCUCACUUUCACAGCGCGUGCUUGUACUUCUCGUCUGUUUUGCUGCCGUUGUGUUUAGACAGGCGCUUUGCUGGAUUGUCAGAUUUCUGACACGUUGGGUGGUGUUGUUUUCAGGUGGAUUAUUCCCUUCAUUGGAUCUGAAACUGCACAGGACGCAACUGCAUGUCAGCUAUAAGGAGAAAAGGCACAAAUGGCCGUUCUGAAACUCAGUGACCAGCCACCACUGGUCCAGGCAAUAUUUAAUGGGGAUCCAGAGGAAAUAAGAGUGUUGAUCUACAAGACUGAAGAUGUCAACGCUAUGGAUGCAGAGAAGCGUACCCCACUCCAUGCAGCUGCUUUUCUUGGAGACCCGGACAUCAUUGAACUGCUUAUCUUGUCAGGUGCUCGUGUUAAUGCCAAGGAUAACAUGUGGUUAACACCUCUUCAUCGGGCUGUGGCUUCCAGAAGUGAAGAAGCUGUGCAAGUUUUGAUAAAGCACUCUGCAGAUGUCAAUGCUCGAGACAAGAAUUGGCAAACACCGUUACAUGUGGCAGCUGCGAACAAGGCACUGAAGUGUGCUGAAAUGAUUAUUCCACACCUGAGCAGUGUUAAUGUGUCAGACCGUGGCGGAAGGACUGCUCUGCAUCAUGCCGCACUUAAUGGGCAUGUUGAGAUGGUUAAACUUCUAUUAGCGAAAGGAGCUAAUAUAAAUGCAUUCGAUAAGAAGGACAGGAGAGCCAUACACUGGGCAGCCUAUAUGGGUCACCUAGAAGUGGUUGCGUUAUUACUGAACAAUGGAGCUGAGAUUACCUGCAGGGACAAAAAGGGGUACACACCACUCCAUGCAGCUGCUUCAAAUGGGCAAAUUAAUGUCAUAAAACAUCUCAUUAAUCUAGGCAUUGAGAUUGAUGAAGCAAAUGUAUAUGGAAAUACUGCACUUCACAUAGGCUGCUACAACGGACAGGAUGCCAUAGUUAGUGAAUUAAUAGACUAUGGUGCUAACGUAAACCAACCAAAUGGCAAAGGUUUUACUCCUCUGCACUUUGCUGCUGCGUCAACCCAUGGAGCUUUGUGCCUCGAGCUGUUGGUGAACAAUGGAGCAGAUGUAAACUUUCAGAGUAAAGAUGGCAAGAGCCCACUGCACAUGACAGCUGUCCAUGGAAGGUUUACACGGUCUCAAACUCUUAUUCAGAAUGGUGGUGAAAUUGAUUGCGUUGAUAAGGACGGCAAUACACCUUUGCAUGUAGCUGCACGAUACGGACAUGAACUACUGAUUAACACCUUGAUAACCAACGGAGCUGACACUGCCAAGCGUGGUAUCCAUGGCAUGUUCCCUUUGCACUUAGCAGCGUUAAAUGCCCAUUCUGAUUGCUGCAGGAAGCUUCUGUCAUCAGGGCAAAAGUAUAGCAUUGUGUCCUCAUUUAGUAAUGAGCACGUGCUGUCUGCAGGCUUUGACAUCGAUACCCCGGACCACUUUGGACGAACGUGUCUCCAUGCUGCAGCUGCUGGAGGUAAUGUGGACUGUGUGAAACUCCUGCUGAGCAGUGGAAUAGAUUACAACAGACGGGACAAGUAUGGAAGGACGCCGUUACAUUACGCUGCUGCCAACUGCCAUUUUCAGUGUGUUGAAAUGUUAGUUAAGUCGGGGGCCGAUAUUAACGAAAGAGACGACUGGAACCGUACUGCACUGCAUUAUGCUGCAGCAUCUGACAUGGACAGAAAGAGAAAGAAUAUUUUAGGGGAGUCCCCCGAAACUACAGAAGACCUUGAAAAAGCAAAUGAUUUGAAAGAAAAGGAAGCUGUUUUGUGCCUGGAGUUCCUACUGCAACAUGAUGCCAGUCCUAUAAUCCAGGACAAAGAUGGGUACAGUGCUGUGCACUAUGCCGCAGCAUAUGGUCAUCGGCAGUGUUUGGAACUGCUACUUGAAAGAACUCCAAUUUUUGAUUACCCCGAUUCAACAGAUACAGUAAGCCCCUUGCACUUAGCUGCCUACAAUGGUCAUCAUCAAGCUUUGGAAGUUUUGUUACAGUCACAAACUGACCUUGAUGUCAGAGAUAACAAAGGCCGUACAGCUUUGGACCUUGCUGCAUUUCGAGGCCAUACUGAGUGUGUUGAAGCACUCAUUAAUCAGGGUUCCUCUAUUAUAGUGAAGGAUUAUGAAACAAAACGGACUCCACUUCACGCAGCAGUUGUAAAUGGCCAUUCGUCAUGCUUGCGACUGUUACUGGAGAUGGCUGACAAUCCUGAAAUAGUUGAUGUGAAAAAUGCUAAAGGAGAGACGCCACUAAUGCUUGCUGUUGCUCAUGGACACAUUGAUGCUGUUACAGUGCUGCUUGAAAAAGAAGCCGCAAUUGAUGCAGCAGACAGUCUGGGAUGUACAGCAUUGCAUCGAGGUAUCAUGAUGGGUCAUGACGAGUGUGUACAAACACUGCUGGAACAAGAAGCUUCUAUUGUGUGUCGAGACUUGAGAGGGAGGACACCUUUGCACUUUGCAGCAGCUCGUGGGCAUACCACCUGGCUGAGUGAGCUAUUGCAGUUGGCACUUUCCGAAGGAGACCUGAAACUCAGAGAUAACCAAGGCUACACGCCAUUACACUGGGCUUCUUAUAAUGGUAAUGAAAACUGUGUUGAGGUACUUUUGGAGCAGAAGGUCUGUCGAACCCUUGAAGGCAAUCCCUUCUCACCUUUGCAUUGUGCUGUAAUACGGGACCAUGAGAACUGUGCAUCUCUUCUUCUAGAUGCUCUUGAUUCUAACCUUGUGAAUUACAGGGAUGCCAAAGGAAGAACGCCCCUCCAUGCAGCUGCUUUUACGAAUCAUGUGGAGUGCCUACAGCUUCUCUUGAGUCGUGGUGCUCAUGUGGACAUUGUUGACCAUUCAGGGAGGACCCCAGCAAUGAUGGCAGCUGAAAAUGGACAAAUGGGAACAUUGGAGGUGCUGCUAGGUAGUACCAAAGCUGACCUGACAAUGAAGGACUGUGACAAGAAUACAGCACUGCACCUGGCUUGCAGUCGAGGACAUGAGAAGUGUGCCUUGUUAAUACUGGAAAAGAUGCAAGACCAGAGCCUUGUCAAUGCAACAAACAAUGCUUUACAAACACCUCUUCAUAUUGCUGCACGGAAUGGCCUAAAGACAGUUGUGCAAGAGCUGCUAAAUAAAGGAGCAAGUGUCUUAGCACUAGAUGAAAAUGGUCACACCCCAGCCCUGGCUUGUGCUCCUAACAAAGAUGUGGCUGAUUGUUUGGCGCUCAUUUUGACUACCAUGAUGCCUGUCUCUCCUUCCAGUGUAAUGACGCCUUUCAACUUCGUUUAUCUAAAAAAUGACAGUAUGAACAGGACUCUUCUCCAUGACAGCGUCAAAAUGGGUAGCAGCAUAAACUCUUUCAACAAGCCCCUGAGUAACAGUUUAGGAACAGAGGACGGAUAUAAUGAGGGUGACAUUGAAAAUGACUCUGAUUCUGAAACCUUCUGACCCUUUUUGUUGUGUAUAGAAAUGCUUUUGUUGUGUAUGUCUUGGAAAGCUUCAAGCUUUAGGGCUGUAUCCUAAAGUGUGUUCCACAGCUCUUGAAACUGCCAGCAUUUUGCAUUCAGAGAAAUUUGGGAAGUCAAGCCAGACAGUUGAGCCUCAUCUAGUUCUUUUCUUUGCAGAGGCAUUUAGUAUGAGGUGAUUCAGAGGUAUGACAGGACAAUCCAGUGAGCAACACACCCUUUUUUAAAAUGGAGAGAACAUUCAAAAUGGUAUAUUUGCAUCUUUGGAAAACAGUCCAAGUGUUUGUUGCUCACAAGGGCAAUAUGCAGUAUAGUUCUUGCAUAUAAUGGAGCACUUAACAUUUAAAGAAGGCACUUUUAAAAAUAUAUAUAUAAUUAAAAUUGUUCAAUUAACAGUGAAAUAAAGAUAAAAAAUAGGAUAUUUUUGUAGCCUGUUCAAGGCAGCACAUUUACUGUAUAUUUGCACUUCAGAUGAUUGAGUCUGCAAAGAUUUUAUCAUUUACACCUGAGCCGUUAACCACUAGCAUCUAAUUAAUAAGUAAUUCAACAGAACCGGCUAAAGAGCUGUAGACACAAGCUGGCAACAGAUGUUGAAUUGCCUAGUGGUUAUUAACACAAUGAAUUGUUUCUUUGUUUCCUUUCUUCUGUUAAAAUGUGUUUUUUGAGAAUUUUUCUAUCAUAAUAAGGUAACGAAUAAUGAAGCACUUUUGUGCAUUUUCAAACAUUCCAUAUCUGUGCCACAGGAAUGCUUAGUGAGCAUUGAACAAGAUGCCAAAAACAAAGGUAGGAGAUGGGAUGCAGUAAGGGUGCUGGAGUUAUAACUGUAUGAGUUGUAGUGGGUCCAGAGGACAUGUAGUGAAGUCUGUAGUGAACUUGUUUAUCACUCGUGAAAAAUGUGUUGCCUGUAAAGGUGUGGUGCUUGACUGUUGUAAGAGUCCUGGUUGUGAAAACCAUCUGCUCCUUCUGCCAAAGUUUCUAGGUUAAAUGGACCCCUCUACUCACCUGCCUCCGUGGUACAGCAGGAGGAUUCAUGAGGAUUCUGCCCAACCAACCAGCAGUAGCACGAGGACCAAAAUGGUGCUGAUUCGGAGCUUACACUUGCUCAGUUGUUGCUGAAACUGAACUAUGAAACAUGGGUAGCUUUUUAAAUUAACUGUUCUGGACAGUGCUGUUCAUCUACAAGCCACCCAGGAAAGGUGUGUGCCAUUUGUACAUUUCUGUUUAUGUACAUUACAUCAGUGUGUAGCAGGUUUACGUCUGCAUUAGUGGAUUUUAUGCACCAAACCAGGUUUGUUCUUUCUUCUUUGAAAAUAACAUGCAUAUUGAAAUAAUUAUUGUAUUUUAUGUGUUGAUUGUUUGUAACAAAAAAAAAAAACUUUUGUAAUAUCAUUGCUUUCUGUUGACUUUUAUGCUUAAAGGUUCGAAUAUUUUUUAUUUGUGGACUGGUGCCACAGAGUGAAUUUUCUUAGCAUGAAAAUACCCCCCCCUCCCCCUAUUUCUAGCAUCACUGGCUUCACUUUAUUAAAUUAAAUAUGAAUUUUGUAAAUGGGGUAGGGGUGAGUGACUUGGGAUCUGGUGCAAUGCCAUUUUAGGUGUGUUUGUCAGAAAAUGUUUAAUAACAAAUUUCGAUGUGAUUUGUCCAAGAAAAUGUGUGUUGCUGUAGUGAUGUUCCAGGCAAUUUACAAAAAAUCAUUUGGCAUAUCUCCUAGAAGACAAAGAUUUCAUUGGCACUUUGACCACAUUUUUUUCUGUUUUAUUAAACUGCAGCUAGCAGCAUAAUCUGAAAAUAUGUCCCUACCCUGCCAGGGUAAGGCUUGAAGUUUCUUUAUUGUUCUAGAUCUGCAAACAUUAAUAUAUUUAUAUGUAUUAUUUUCACAUGAAGUCAAAUAAUUCAGUGUUUAUUGUCUUGUUUUUAUAAAAAGAAAAGAAAGUA